AGCUCAGCUGUGAUUCUCACGCUGCUGAUGACAGACUGCACGUCGCAGCCUCUCUCUCUCUCGACUCCCCCUCCUUCCACCAAAUGCAUGCUUCACACAGCCUCACUGAGACCGACUGCAACACCUCCGUGGAAGGAUUUAAUGCGUCUUUCGCGUUGGACUAACUUUCCUGCUGUCUUUUUUUUAUAUAAACACAUACAUUUGCGCCUUUUGGGUGGAUUUCGCCUUCGUCUUCUUCCGCCGGCUGUUUAAAGAUCUAAGCUUCACCAUAAGGAUAAAGAUCACAGAGACAUCAUGCCGCUGAAUUCAAGUUUGGCGAGUAAAAACUAUGACUACGACUACGACUCCCUUCAGCCGUAUUUCUACUAUGACAACGAGGAGGAGGACUUCUACCCUCAGCAGCUUCAGCCUCCAGCGCCGAGCGAAGACAUCUGGAAGAAAUUUGAGCUGCUGCCGACCCCUCCCCUCUCCCCGAGCCGCCGGCCGUCCCUGUCAAGCCUCUUCCCCUCCACGGCGGAUCAGCUGGAGAUGGUGACCGAGUUCCUGGGCGACGACGUGGUCAACCAGAGCAUCAUCUGCGACGCGGACUACUCCCAGACCUUCCUCAAGUCCAUCAUCAUCCAGGACGCGGCUUCUCCGCCGCGGCCAAGCUGGGAGAAGGUGGUCCGAGCGAGCUCCCUCCCUGCACGCCGCAGGAAGGAGUCGUUCGUCGUCGGCGGUGUCCGGCGGGCGGACUGCGCGGGAGCCCGCCGGGUUGCAGCAGCGUGGAGGCUGAACAAGGCACCAACAUCGGUGGUGAGAGUACGAUGGUACACACGGUUACAGCAACACACGGGUGACGCCACCAAGCCCGUCUCAGCAUACGACAGGCUAUUCCUCCAGCUCUCUACCGUCAGUGACAGACACUCAGCAUGGCUGCUCAAUCUGAACCCACCAAUGCACAAUUAUACCGCUCGAGCACAUCUCAUCACAUUUAGAGGCGAGCAAGCCGGCGGCUACAACUUCGAGCUGAAUGCUAUGGAGCAGCUAGCAGCGGCAGCUAGCGAGCACAGCAGCAGCAGCAGCGGAGGAGGCGGCGGCGGCGGCGGCGGCCACAGCAGGGUCCUCAAACAGAUCAGCAGCAACCGCAAGUGUUCAAGCCCCCGGACGUCUGACACGGAGGACUAUGACAAGAGAAGGACUCAUAACGUACUGGAGCGCCAGAGGAGGAACGAGCUCAAGUUGAGCUUCUUCGCCCUGCGGGACGAGAUCCCCGAGGUGGCCAACAACGAGAAGGCGGCCAAGGUGGUGAUUCUGAAGAAGGCGACAGAGUGCAUCUACAGCAUGCAGUCAGACGAACAGAGACUCCUCUCGGUCAAAGAACAGCUGAGGAGGAGAAGUGAACUUUUAAAGCAGAGACUCUCACAGCUUCAGGGAUCUCGUGCUUAAAAGUUUGAAUCAUAAUAAGACUUUUUUGGCCUUUUGUUUUUUAUGCAAGUUCAAGACUUGGGAUGUACAGUUGUUGUUGUUGCAUGCAAAUGCAAAAAAAUGGAUUCAGUUGUUUGGAAUCUUGUUUGAUUUCAAUGUUAAAACUGCCUCAAUUGAAGUUAUGGGUGGAUUAAAUAUUUAAAAGUUUAUUUUUAUUAAUAAAAUAUUAAAAAAAUGGGGCUGCAAUGUUGAGAGCCCAAACUAAAAUAUAAAUUUUUAUGUUUUGUAUAUACUUAAUAUUUCCUAAGAAAAUGUAUUUUUCGAUCACAAUUGUCUGGAUGUUCAGACCCAGUGUUUGCUUUUUUCAUUAUGUUCCUAGAUUCUUUUUGAAAUAUAAAAACAAUGUUUCUUCUUGAA